AUGCGUGCCAACACUUGGGAAUCUUCUCUUGUUAAACAAGUAACAGAAAUUUAUGAAAAUCAACUUGCAACCAAUGUGAACGAAAAUAAUGCUGAUAAGAUAAGUAAUGAAGAUGAAAUGAGACCUGCUAAAGUAUCGAUUGGUGUUGGUCGAGAUGUAACAUCAGCAAUUAGAGCUAAACAACAAACAAUAACCACAAUCAUAGGAGAUGAAUGUGAAUAUGUAGGUAUUUUAAUAUAUAAAUCUGUCCAAAGUGCUGAUGUAGGUUUCUGGUUAAGUGAACAUCUUGUUCGUCUUGUUUAUCCAUAUCCUAUGCUUAAUUUUGAUAUAUUAACAUCUAUUGAUCUUGAUUCUAUCUUAAAAAAGAAAUCAAAUGCUUUAUUUUGUCAAAAUAUUGAAGAUGAAAAUUCUUCUUUAACUCGUUAUUGA